CACAGCUAUCAAAAUUUCUAACAGUGAUUCAGCUUCAGCCGGAAAUUGAUCUUCAAUGUCAGGAGAAGUUCAGAUGAGUUCAGAAAAGCAACCACGAAGAGGAGUGUCAUGCACCACUUACUUCGAUGCACUCUGGUUCUGCUACUCUCCAGUCCAUCAGAUGCAGCAAUACUAUAGACUUGAUGCCCUUGAUAAUUGUAGUAAGAAAUGGAGUGGUCUUGUUGAUUGUCUGACUUUGAAAACCAAAAGGUCUUCUGAAGUGGAGGAAAUUUUAGAAGCACGUGAGAAAGAGAAGCCUCAGCUGUGGUCAACACGAACCCCUGAAGAAGCCGCGGCUUAUUGGAACGGACUCUUUGACCAUCUAAAUGAAGAGUAAAAUUCUAAGACCUUUUCAUCAGACAUUUGCCUAAUCAAUACGAGAAAGUUUAUCAUAUCAUUUGAAAUAAUCUUCUCCCCAAUGAUGCUUGUUCUAAACAUGUUAUAGAGCACAUGGUUAUCAAAGUGUGGGUUUCUGAAGAGGCACCGGUUUAGGAAUGUUUAGAAUAGGAACAUUGUGUUGGAAAAUUCUCUUUUUCUUUGAGUGAUAGAAGCAGCAUGAACAAAUUCUAACGUUGCGUUAAACGACGGAGAAAGCCGACCUUCUGAUUCAGAUUCAGAUGAAUAUGGAGCUUAUCAUUGCAAUAUAAAUAGAUGGAACAAAACAUUAUUCAUCUUUCUUUAAUGUGGUUUAGUGCCUGUACAUGGUGAUUCUGCUAAGGUACAUGUCUUGCAUGGUUUUCAUAUGGUCUCGAUGGUCAACUUCGUUGGAUCAUGUGGUGCCCACAUUAGCCGAUGACCUAGAUCACCUGACGAUGCAAGAAAAACAGGUUAGUCAUGGAUAGUAACUUUGACGACAGACACUGUUUGCUUGAGUGUGUGAAAGAGACUAGAAAAUGUGCUUCCAGUGUUGCUGUGAAUGGUUAUAGCAAUGGAAGGUCCUUUAAAUAUAAUAGUCCCCAUUUCAACAAUGAGGAUUUUUGCUAUAUUAUAUCCUUGUUUAGACUUGAAACCCGGUGUUCAGUAAACGAUACAACAAUGGAAGAUCUUAAGAUGAUGAGUCCAGAACCUAAAUGAUGUGGGAAAAAAGCUGUAACGAAACUACCUAUAUAGCUCUCGAAUUUUAUGCACUAUAUAUGAAUUGCUUGACAUCAAAAGUUAAAAGUUCGUU